UAUCAAACCUGAUUAAACCUUCAGAUCAGAUGCAGUAGUUCACGAGAAAAGAGUGUUUAGAGGAGAUACCAAAGAAAAUUGACAGGAAGAGAUACAAAACCCAGUGAUUAGAAUAUGAACAUCAUUAUGCUUCUCUCUGGAUUAAAUAUAAAAUAGUAAUGUGCACGAUCUCACAAAUACACGCACGCACACCUCAUGUUGACGAUGUAAAUGUACAAUUUCCUACCUGUGGAGACGAAAAGUGCCACAAACUGAAAACCUGUGGAGAAUUUUCAACUUUUCAGUUGCCUCUCAGAUCUCUAACGAACCGGACUUGAAAUCUCAAAUUGAGAAGUGCUUUUUUUUAUAUUAAUCGUACCCUGUACUGAGACUUCUUCCUUGUGCUAUCCGGUGAGAUAAUUAAAUUAACUUUCGUUCCAUCGCCAAAAACUUCCUGCAGUUCUUGAUGUAGCCAACGGAAAAUUUAAUUUUUUUACAAAUUACAACUGAACUGGUAAAUGCUGUGACGGAUUAUACCCAAGUUUAGAGACUUAUCUUGCACUUUUGGGUGAUCGCAAGUGAUCUGAAAAAAAAUCUCGCGAAAUUUCUAGAUGUAAAUGCUCAAUCUGUGGUGUUUAAUUAGGUCAUUCAACGAUCUUCUGGCGCUUUUUAUCAUCGAUCAACGGCGAUCCUCGAAUUUUGGGCUGAGAAACUGACUUUGUCUCUGGACAUCAUAGAUACGACGACGAGACACCACCGACGGAAAAAUGACUUUCGGCGGAGCCUACGACGUGGACAAAGACAGUCCUGUAAAGCCUCCACCGUCCCGUGGCGAAGACACAAUAUCCAUGAGAGAGAAGGUCAAGCUAUCCAGGAGUGAAAAAUGGCGAAUUCUCAAGAACAUCACAACAAUCUCAUUUGCCUUCAUGGUACAAUUCACGGCAUUCCAGGGUACGGCUAAUCUCCAGUCGUCUAUCAAUGCCAAAGAUGGCCUAGGUACAGUUUCCCUCAGCGCCAUUUACGCCGCCAUUGUGGUAUCCUGCAUCUUCAUUCCCACCCUCGUGAUUCGCCGGCUCACAGUUAAGUGGACCCUGUGCCUGAGCAUGCUCUGCUAUGCUCCUUACAUUGGUUCCCAGUUCUUCCCGCGCUUCUACACUCUCGUUCCUGCGGGUAUCCUACUGGGUCUAGGCGCUGCUCCUAUGUGGGCCUCCAAAGCCACCUAUCUCACCCAAGUGGGCCAGGUCUAUGCCAAGAUCACAGAUCAGUCUGUCGAGGCCAUCAUCGUGCGCUUCUUCGGCUUCUUCUUCCUGGCCUGGCAGACGGCUGAACUUUGGGGAAAUCUCAUCUCCAGCCUGGUGCUGUCAAGUGGCGCCCACGGCGGCGGUGGCGGCGACAUCAAUCACACCUACAGUGAGGCUAGUCUGGAAACAUGCGGCGCAAACUUCUGCGUCGUCGCUUCGGCUGAAAAUACCAAUCUCGAGCGCCCACCAGAGUCAGAGAUCUUCGAGAUCUCUGCCAUCUACUUGAGCUGUAUCUUUGCAGCUGUGAUCAUCAUUGCCCUGUUCCUCGAUCCUCUGUCGAGGUACGGUGAGAAACGACGUGGCUCCAUCUCAGCCCAAUCGAUCUCUGGCAUUGAGCUCCUGGCCGCCACGGCCAAUCAGCUCAAAAAGCCCAAUCAACAACUUCUCAUCCCCAUUACAGUCUUCAUUGGCAUGGAACAAGCCUUCAUUGGAGCUGAUUUUACUCAGGCUUAUGUAUCCUGUGCAAUUGGUAUCCACAAAAUUGGUUAUGUUAUGAUCUGUUUUGGAGUCGUAGAUGCAAUUUGUUCGAUCAUAUUCGGGUCUGUGAUGAAAUAUAUCGGAAGGAUACCACUUAUUAUUCUUGGCAUUCUCACCCACGGCGCCAUCAUCAUUGUGAUGCUCUUCUGGCGGCCGCAUCCUGACCACAUGUUCGUCUUCUUCACAUUAGCCGGACUCUGGGGCGUAGCAGAUGCCGUGUGGCAGACACAAAUCAAUGGAAUUUAUGGUGCUCUGUUCAGGAGAAACAAAGAGGCCGCCUUCUCAAACUAUCGCCUGUGGGAAUCCGCAGGUUUCGUGAUUGCCUAUGCCUAUUCAACUACACUCUGUGCCCGCAUGAAGCUCUACGUGCUUUUCUCAGUCCUCGUCCUUGGAGUCCUUGGCUGGGUGAUUGUGGAAGUGAGACACCAGCGCAAGGAGGCUCGUCUCAAGAAACUCGAGGAGGAAGCCAAGAAUCCCACCCCCAAUCCUCCCGUUGUGCCAGAAGUUUCCGAAACGGAUGACGAGCACGAUGAACUCGAAGAGGACAUUGUUGUGACACAUUUGUAGAGGCCGGAUAAAAGCCACCAAAAGGAGAAAAAAAGCCACGUGAGUGUCAUUGACACUCCAAAACCCUCCCCAAGAUUAUUAGAGAGUGAUUAGGAAUUGAUAUAGAGAAUUAAUUUAUAGGGUGCCGUAUUUUAUCAGUAUUACCUGAGAGAAAGAGAAAUACAAAAAAUCAAGAGCAUAUUUUACUUUAAAGCUGCAUUAGUCACAUUGUAAUUAAUAUUUUUAAAAUUAGUAACCUUUACAAAUAAAUUAUAUUAUUAAUUAAUUAAAAAAAAAGAUGAGGAGAAAACGGUAUACGCUGUAGUAUUCUGUCCAAAUGUGCGAAUCACGAGAGGAUUUCCUUCUUUCCUUUAUCUGAGUCGGAAUAUAUUGAUUUAUUCUCUAUUAAGUAGAUUUCUAUUCAAAAGACGCACUUGUUCACGAUGGAAAAAUAUCUGCAUGGGGAUUUUCUAAAAAUUCCCAUCAUGAUCCCAUUCCUCUGUAAAAUACAUUUAUUUGGUUGUUGACGAAGAUCUGUCCACAAGGGACAAUUAAGCAUUACUGUAGAAUAUUUAUGCCUGUUCUAUAUCAAAUAAACUACCAAAUAUCAGUUGAA